CAUGCCGUCACUCGCCGCGCCACGGCUCGGUUCCUCCCGGCGAGGACGGGGGUCGCGCCUCCUCCUCCUCGCCGCCGCAGCCGGAGUCUCCGCCUACGGCGCCUACAAGUUCUACCACCUCCCCUCCGUCGCGCGCAGGCGGAGAGAGUUCGCGAGGAUCGCCGGAGGGUUGAUAUCCGUCGCCGACGCCGCCUCUUCCUCCGCUGAGGCCAUCAGCAUCGUCUCCUCCGACUUGAACCGCUUCCUUUGGUCUGGUUCCGCAGAAGUCCCCUCCAGUUUGCGGCAAAUCGCCAAGCUCGCGGGUUCGUCUGACUUCUCCGCCGCGAUCUCUAGCGCUUCGGAGGCUCUCACCGCCGGGAUCGUUCGGGGGCUCCGGUCAGCCGAGCUAACCGCCGGAAAACCCGAAUCUUUGGAGUCGGAAUCGCGAAUUCACUCUGCUACCUACCUCGAAUGCUUUCUAGACAAGUUCUUCUCUAGCGCUGGGUCAGGCUUCGCAGCGGAGGUCACCGGGAGCUUCGCGAGGGAGUUGUCAUCGGGCUUGAUCACUUCUACUGAUUUAUGCCGGAGAUCAGACGAGGGUAGUGCUCCGAGGUGGGUUACCAUGCUCCGCGACGACAAGACCUGCAAGGAGCUCGCGGAGCAUUUCAUCGAGCGGAUCGUGGGCGCCGCGGCCGCAGCUUACCUCGAUAGGCGAACGAAGACAAACGCCGUCGACGACUUGUUCACCGGCCUUACGAACCCCAUGCACGAGGCUAAGAUGAAGGGCGUCUUGGUCGCCGUGGGCAAUGGAGCCGUGGAGACCCUGGUGAGGACAUGGCACACUGCGAGGUCUGAUCACGGAACAACGCCAUUAGAGGACAGCAGGAGAUCACUUCAGCGGGUAGCCAUGGAGGCCACGAGGUCCUUGCUGCCAUGGAAAGUGUUUGAAGCAGCGAGCAGAGGCCUUCAUGUGAUUCGUGAGGAGGUAAUGGAGAGAGGACAGCAAGUUGUGAGGUGUGCGAGUGCCAAAACCAUGGUGAUCAUGACUGUGUGCCUUGCUCUCUGCAUGGAGAUCUCCAUGGGGACAAAAAAGCUCACGAUGCCAGCACCAGCAGCAUAAUCAAACAGCCCGACGGGCUUUUAGGAAAGAAGUAAACUGUAAAGCACGAACAAAAUUAAGAGCGCACUAAUUAUCAACUACGAAACGAGGUGUCAUUUUUUGGAUCUUGUUAUCGAAAGAGCAUAUUAUAUUUA